AUGGAGCGGUCGCAGAGCCGGCUCAGCCUGUCCGCCUCCUUCGAGGCCCUGGCGAUCUACUUCCCCUGCAUGAACAGCUUCGACGAGGAGGACGCGGAUGGUGAUGGUCGGAGACUGAAAGGAGCCAUCCAGAGGAGCACAGAAACUGGCCUGGCUGUGGAAAUGCCCAGCAGGACCAUCCGUCAAGCCAGCCACGAGUCCAUCGAGGACAGCAUGAACAGCUAUGGAUCAGAGGGAAACUUGAAUUUCAGUGGAGUCCAUCUGGCAUCUGCUGGGCAGUUUAGUGACUUCCUGGGGAGCAUGGGCCCUGCACAGUUCGUUGGCCGUCAGACCUUGGCCACCACCUCGAUGGGGGACGUGGAAAUUGGCUUGCAAGAGCGAAAUGGGCAGCUUGAAGUGGAUAUCAUUCAGGCUCGAGGACUGACACCAAAACCUGGCUCCAAAACACUGCCAGCUGCUUACAUCAAAGCUUACCUGCUAGAGAAUGGUGUGUGCAUUGCGAAAAAGAAGACAAAAGUGGCUCGCAAGUCUUUAGACCCUUUGUACAAUCAGGUGUUACUGUUUGCUGAGAGUCCCCAGGGCAAAGUAUUACAGGUGAUAGUCUGGGGAAACUAUGGACGCAUGGAGCGCAAGCACUUCAUGGGAGUCGCCAGGGUUCUCCUGGAAGAACUGGAUUUGUCAACUUUAGCAAUCGGCUGGUACAAGCUCUUUCCAACUUCCUCCAUGGUAGAUCCCACUACGGGCCCGCUCCUGCGUCAGUCCUCACAGCUUUCCCUGGAGAGCACAGUGGGACCCUGCUGUGACAGGUCUUAG